AUGAUGAUCAUGAUGAUCAUGAUGAUGAGGGUUAAAUUUGUCCCAUCCGACAGGUGUAACAAAGCUGAUUGGAGAGUAAACCAGGAGAACGUGGUGAAGGUGGGCCACAGACAGGUGGUCAACAUGAUCCGCCAGGGUGGCAACCGACUCCUAAUCAAAGUGGUGACAGUGAGCCGGAAUUUGGAUCCUGAUGAUACAGCACGCAAAAAAGCUCCUCCACCUCCAAAGAGAGCCCCCACCACAGCCCUUUCUAUGCGCUCCAAGUCCAUGACCUCUGAACUGGAGGAACUUGUGGAUAAAGCUACUCUAAGGAAAAAGAAAGGUGAUGCGCAGAAGAAGAGGAUUGUUUUCCAAGUCACUCUAAACAAAGUGGAAGAGAUGACACACGCUCAGAAGACCUCACCUGUGGAUAUGAAGAUCGCCACAAUCAAACCACGCCCAUCCAGCCGCUGUUUGGUGACGGCGGCUGAUAUGAAUUCCAUGUACCAUGACCGCCAGGGAGUGGCAGUGGUGCCACCCACUGUUCCAGGGGCCUUCCUGGGGAUACCUGAGAAGGGCACAAUGAAAAAGCAAAAGUCCAUAGGUACAGGGGAGGAUGAGAAACAGGGAUUCCUCACACCUCCCCUACUCAAGUUCUCCCGCAGCCUCUCUAUGCCCGACACCUCAGAGGACAUCCCUCCUCCUCCAGCCAUUUCACCCCCUUCACCACCCGACUACAACUCAGCUGCUGGCCCUACACCCAAGAGCUACGGCACCACACGACCCACCUUCACCCAGAACUCACCCAAUGCAGUGAAGACAAUUAGCCGAACCACUGAUGUUGGUACGUUAAGGCGUGGCUAUUUCCGCCAGAGCUCAGAGCAGUUUGAGAGCACACGCACCCGAGGGCGCACACCAGUGCCAGAGAACCCUUACUCCGAGGUGGGCAAUAAGACACUGUAUGUGCCAGCCAAACCAGCUCGAAGGAAGGGCAUGCUUGUAAAGCAGUCCAAUGUUGAAGACAGUCCAGAGAAAACAUGUCACAUGCCAGCAAAUCCCUCUGGCGCGGUUUCCAUGCCUACUACACCUGUAGAACGAACAUGCUCCUCCAUCCCCAUCCCCACCAUCAUUGUUAAGGAGCCCUCCACCAGCAGCAGUGGGAAGAGCAGCCAGGGCAGCAGUAUGGAGAUUGAGCCCACCACCCCUGAACACCCACCUCUCACGUCCACUGUUUGUGGUAGCGGAGGUUUGCGUCCUGAAGACCCUAUGUCUCUAAGCAACCCUUUUGCAGCAGCCAUUGCCGGGGCAGUACGGGACCGAGAGAAGAGGCUGGAGGCAAAAAAGCACUCAAUUGCCUUUCAGUCAAUAGACAUGGGGGAUGAUGACUUCAGUAGUCCCACACCAACCCCUCGCCUUCGCCAGUCAAAGUCCAUUGAUGAAGGCAUGUUCAGUAGCGACGAGCGGCUUCGAAGGAUAUUGGGUCCUCCUCCUGCAGCUCAGCUUGGGCCCCCUGUUGGGGGUGGUAGUGGCAACAUGACAGAUUUCAACACCCCUGAGCCCACGGUGGUACGGGAACCUCUAAACACCAGAACGGGCCAGUGUCCCAACCUGGACAGUCCCGUCAGUCUCCCAGCUACUCCUCCUAAGAGCCACUACAGGGCUAAUGGGACCUACCUCCAUCCUGUCACCGGAAAGCCCUUGGAUCCCAAUUCUCCACUUGCUCUGGCCUUGGCAGCUCGUGACCGGGCCAUGAAAGAGCAACAAAACCAUCCUCAGAAUCAGCCACAAAAUCCUCCUCAGGUUCAGCAAACACAGAAGCACGAAGCCCAGUCCCUUCCAAUUCAGCCAAGCCACAAACCAGACCUCAACCAACCGCUAUUUAUUGACACCAAACUACGCUCUGGGAUAGAGACCAGCUUUGCUGCAAUCUCCACAGCAACAAUGGGACGACCUGGCCGGGGCGGCCUGCGGAGGCAGAUGACGGAGCAGAAGUAUGAGUCUGAUGGGGCUCGGGAAGAACGGCAACAUCAGGCAGCUGAGGAGAGGAAAAGCGCACCAGUGGAUGUGGCAGACACAUCACAGCCCAAGUCAGCCGGGUUGUUGAUGGUCCACACCAGCAAUGAAGCAAGCAACAAGGUUAACAACCAAGAGGUGGAGGGGCAGGACAGCAACAGGCCAUCUGAGCUGAAGGACCCCAACCAACCUGAUCCUCUCAACGCUACAACACUGUCCGCCCAGCCACCCUCAUCACGGAGGAGGAGCAUUCCACUAGGUGAGUCGAUGGAUGAACCCGUAAAGUUGCCCUUCCGCAUCCCCCCUCCCCCUCUGGCCUCAGUAGACAUUGAUGAGGAUUUUGACUUCUCAGCGCCCCUCCCCCCACCACUGGAGUUUGCCAACAGUAUUGAUAUUCCUGAUGAUCAGGCUAGUGCCAUUGCAGAGAUGCUUCAGCAACAGAGACGGAAUGGAGGACCCCCCCUACCUCCAUACCAUGCGCACGCCCCACCACCUGUCACUGAUCAACACAAAAGGGUGGCAAACAGCAUGCCCCCCUCAUACCCUCCUCCUCCACCUGACUCAGAGUCUGGGGUGGGCGACUCAGGCAUCGAAGAGGUAGACAGCCGCAGUAGCGGGGAUCCUCAGCACAUGGAGACCACCAGCACCGUUUCCAGCAUCUCUACCCUGUCGUCAGAGGGAGGCUUUUGUGACAGCGCUCUGGAGAGCCUCUAUGCCACAGCAGACGGACAUGCCUUUCUGGUGGAUCGCCCCCCUGUUCCACCCAAACCUAAGGGCAAAUCCGUCAUCAACAGAACAUCACUUUAUCAUGACGCUCUAAUUGAAGAGCCCCCAGAGUCCUAUGGGUCCCCGCCUCAGGCCCCUCCCCCUCCCCCUUCUUCCUCUGAGCCUCCUAGGACUCCUACUCAAAGGACAUCCAAGUUGUGGGGCGAUCAGCCCCCUGAGCUGCGCAGCCCCCCAUCCACACCAGACAGCAAGAACACUGUCAUCACCGAGCUGAGCUCCAUUCUGCAGCAAAUGAAUCGCGACAGGCCAGCCAAGCCAGGAGAAAGCCUCGACUCCCCCACAGGGACCAGGGGGGGCUUCGGAACAAGGCCUCCCACAGAUGACUCAGGAAUGCGUAACAGCGCUGCAGCUGCUGCCCUCACCUCCACGCCUCCCAGCAGCCUCCCGUCCCAGACCAACCCCUGCAGCCCGCCAGACUCCGGCUCCUCCCUCACCCCCUGCUCCUCACUGCCGCCCUCCGUGUCGCCCACCCUCACAGAUGUCUUCGGCCUGCCUACCCCACCCAUGGGUAGUGGUGGUGGUUACAGCCUGAGCUCCUCGUGCGGUGGCAGCGGGAGCUCACGCUCCCCAUCACCGCUCACGCUGAUGCAGGCGGUGGCAGCCUCGGGGAAGCCCUUUGCCUCCAAGCCCAUGGAGCUUUGGAGCAAGCAUGAUGUGGCAGACUGGCUAGAGAGCCUCAACCUGGGGGAGCACAGGGACGCCUUCCUGGACAAUGAGAUCGAGGGCGCCCACCUGCCCUCGCUGCAAAAAGAGGACCUGAUAGACCUGGGUGUGACCAGGGUGGGCCACCGCAUGAACAUCGAGAGGGCCCUCAAGCUGCUGCAGGACAGAUAAGCCCAAAGGAGACGCGCAGCGACAUGCAGAGUCAGGGCCAAGGAGAGGGAGGUGUUACCGAUCACUUUUACCGAUCUCUUCAUUAGACAUAAUCUCAAGUCGUUGAACUGGGUAGAAGUUUUGUCCAAGCUGAUGCUGCCUCUUGCUGUUUUUGUCCUCUCUCAUCCUCUGUCGCCCUCAUCUCAGUGCUCCGGUCUUGUCCGCCCUCUGCUUCCUUCUCACCGCCCUGAGCAUCAGGGGAUCAUGGGAUGUCGGGCAGAACUGCAGAGGGAGAGAGAAGAGAAUAGCUGCUAUGUCACAUCAA